AUGUUCUUCCUGCUGACCGCACUUCAGAUCUUGGCCAUAGCCAUGGUACAGAGCCAAGAUGAUGAGAACAAAAUAAUUGGUGGCUACCCAUGCCUCCAGCAUUCCCAGCCAUGGCAGGCAGCCCUGCUGGCAGGUAUCACGCGUCGCUUCCUUUGUGGGGGGGCCGUGCUGUCAGACCAGUGGGUCAUCACCGCUGCUCACUGUUCCCGCCUGAUCCUUCGGGUAGCUCUGGGCAAGCACAACCUGAAGAAGCAUGAGGCCACCCAGCAGGUGCUGCGCGUAGUUCAACAGGUGCCAUACCCCCAGUAUAACUCCCGGACCCACGACAAUGACUUGAUGUUGCUGAGGCUGGAGCGGCCCGCUCGGCUGGGGAGGGCGGUGAAGCCCAUCACUGUGGCCCAGAACUGCAGCAGCCCACACACUCCCUGCCGUGUGUCAGGCUGGGGCACCACAUCCAGCCCCAUUGCCAGGUACCCUAACGCUCUGCAGUGCGUGAACAUCAGCAUCACCCCUGAUCAGCAGUGUCAGAAGGCCUAUUCCGGGGCCAUCACUGCAGGCAUGGUCUGUGCGGGAGUCCCGCAAGGCGGGAAGGACUCGUGUCAGGGAGAUUCCGGGGGACCCCUGGUGUGCAGAGGAAAACUCCAGGGCCUCGUGUCCUGGGGGAUGGAGCGCUGUGCCAAGGCUGGCUACCCGGGAGUCUACACCAACCUCUGCAAGUACUACAACUGGAUCCAGCGAACCAUGCGGAACACAUGA